AGCUGUUUAGCAUGAAACAAAUGAUCUGUACAAAUUGUGUGAGAGAUACAAAAAACAGACAGCAUCCUUCUGUGCAGAAGAUAUCGGCGCAGAAUAAAAAUAGAGAAAGAAGAGGCGAAACGAGAACGGUCACUCCCCAGGGACCAGUCGUUAGCGUUGACCGUGUUGUCCAUCAAGACAGAUAAAGCGACCCGCGGAGGACAUCUGGUUUUUCUGUCUGCCACGAAUCGUGCGUCUUGUUCGAAGCUAAUUGAUGAGCAAUCCAUAUCACAAAGAAGCCCACUGGCAAGUGAAGUGAGACCUGUUUACUAAACAGCUAUUUGCUGAUAAAGUAACCAAUCGUGCCACGAUGCGCACCCCAUUCAUGAUUCGGCUGUUCGAAGGAAGGAAUCUCGUCCACAUGCAUCAUCUGGAUGCAACUUGAUGGUGGAAAUCUGUUAUUUGACACUAAUGCGUUCGCUGUUGCCUACGGUUGCGAACUCACUUUCCCAGUAUCUCAACGUCACACCGCCAGAUGGCUUGCCGGAGCCGAACGACGGCGACGUCAACGUUCUGGCUGGCCAUCAGAAAAAUGCCAGAACUGUCUGACCGGACACAUCGUGUGUCCGGAUGCGAUGCUAUCAGUUUUAUCUCAUUUAGCAGCACGCACGCACACUUGCAGGCUCCGCGAGACUGUGAUGAUCCAGGGGAAAUCCGUCAGACCGUCGAAUGCCGGUGGCUGUGCCGAUAUCAGUCCCAGUUGCUUUGCGCCGUAUCAUCUUUCACUAGGAGCUCGUGGAACAGUGAUCGGUUCGAAGUCAAUGCGAACCUCAGUUAGUCCCGACGAUCGACAUUGAUCGGAUCGAGUGAGUUAUGGAGUUUGGUAGCUUUGAACAGUCUUCAGACGAUUUUUUGGCCAACGGGUUCUACCACCUGUACACCGAGCUACAGGAUGACAGGGACAUAGCAUUGGCGUUGUCUGAACUGACGUGUCCAACGUUUGAAGUUACGGAGUGUCGGGGAGAGAAUCAAGCGUGUUCAGCACCCAUAGAUCCAACACCAUCCACUACGAACACACUGGAACUCAUACACUCGCUCGAUGGUGGCGGUGAUCUGGAGCUGGAACUGAACGUGGAAGACUUCAUAUUAGAGUACAACUGUGUUAACUUUAGCCAACUAUGGGAAAACGAACUACGAUUGCCGGAAAACACUUACCUGUGUGACGAUUCUUGUGAAGCAUUCAUACGCCAUUCGAACCCACCGGAAAGUGCUAACAAAUUGUCCACCAACGCAUCAGACGUAUCACAAUCGGUUCCGGCAACGGUUCAAGCUGUCCAUCGUCCGAGUGAAACGGAACCCGACUCGUCCGGAACAUUCGUCUGUCCGUUCGAAAGCUGUCGCAAAGUUUAUGCCAAGCCGGUACAUCUGAAAGCCCAUCUGCGACGCCAUGUGGGCGAUAAACCGUACCACUGCAAGUGGCCUGGCUGUCAGUGGAAAUUUUCACGCUCGGACGAACUGUCCCGUCACUUCCGGUCGCACUCGGGUGUGAAGCCGUAUCGGUGUGAGUACUGUCCGAAAUGUUUCUCCCGCUCGGACCAUCUGGCCAAACAUCGGAAGGUACACGAACGUAAGAUGAGUGUGGCGUCCGUUUCCGGGGCCGGAAAAUUGAAAGGAUCAAUGACUGGAGUGGUACCGGCAAGGGGACGACCUGGUCGGAAGCCCAAACAGACAGCAACAAAGCUAUCGUAAACGUACAAACGGUUAUAGUUGGAAAGGUGGUACGAGAAACUAAUCUUAAUAAAGACAAUCGGACAAUUUAUUCCCAGUUUUUCUUUCAACAACGUUGGGAUUUACCGAUGCUAUACCGAAUCGUUUAUCUUCAGUCUGUACAACUCUUCCAGUAACUUCUAGGCAUAUGGGCUAAGGCCAGAGUGGUUGUCGAAAAGAUCGCCAGUUUCUUUCGUGUGAUACUCGUUUUCUGAUAUUCAUUAUAAGGCUUUCACGAUAAUCCCGAGGAUCUUCAAGGUGUUGUCGUCCAUGAUGACGCAUGGUGACCAUGACUUUUCGCCAGCAACGUCAG